UCGUCUCGCCCCAGGGGACCGCCCUCAGUGAGCACUCCAGGCAUGCACAGCGAUGUUGAAGGCUUUGCAGACGACGAGAUUGUUGGCCGGAGAGGAAUGAGAAGAGCGAUGACAGGCGCAGCCGAUGUGCCGCGCGUGGUCGAUACAACUGCAGAAACGCUUGGAAUUCAGUUUGAGCGUUUCUUGGACAACUUCACAGAGGACCCUUCAUCCUCAGCACAACCGACCUCAAGUGCUGUGACUACAGACAAGUACUAUAUUGCGCAGAUUCACGGCCUCUGCCAGUUCAAUCUCUCCACGCUCUAUGUCGAUUUCACGCAUCUCAUGGAUCACGAACGAGGCAUUCUCGCCAAUGCCAUUCAGGGCGACUUCUACCGCUUUCAGCCAUAUAUGAUACGCGCCCUGAACAAUCUUGUUGCCAAAUACGAGCCCCAGUACUAUCGUAUGCAUAGGCAACCGGGCUCCACCACUGCACGAACCGAUACUUCUCUCGCGACUCAGAGCUUGACCGAAGAAGACGAUAUCAACGACAAGACGCCAAACCAGCAGACCGACAAGAUCUUCACCCUAGCAUUUUAUAACCUUCCGCUAGUUUCAAGAAUUCGCCAGUUGCGAACAGAGCAGAUCGGAAAGUUGGUGUCCAUAUCCGGUACAGCCACCAGAACCUCAGAAGUACGACCCGAGCUGCAUUUAGCCACAUUCACAUGUGAGCAAUGCAACAGCGUGGUCCCGGAUGUCGAGCAGAUCUUCAAAUAUACAGAACCCACGCAAUGCCCCAACGCGACUUGUGGUAAUCGACAGGGAUGGAGACUUGACAUUCGGCAAAGCACCUUUAUCGAUUGGCAAAAGGUACGCAUUCAAGAGAACAGCUCGGAAAUUCCGACUGGUAGCAUGCCGAGGACAAUGGACGUCAUUCUUCGCGGUGAAAUGGUCGAGCGUGCAAAAGCAGGAGAGAAGUGCAUCUACACAGGUACCUUGAUUGUGGUCCCCGAUGUCAGCCAGUUCAGAGUACCGGGAUCAAGAGUGCAGGCAGUACGAGAUACAACAGCUCCACGCGGAUCAGAUACUGGCGGAGGAGGCGUCAGUGGUCUUAAGGCACUUGGUGUGCGAGAUCUCACAUACCGAAUGGCAUUCCUCGCAAACAUGGUCACACCAGAUGCAUCGACUCAAGGAGGCAGAGGCGCGAACCAGCAACUGAAGGGCCAGGCUGGAAACAUCAUGAGCUCUCUCAACCAGCAGAGCGAAGGCCUUGACGGUAGCAGUGGCGAGAAGGCUCAGCAAGAAUAUCUCGACACUUUGACACCCGCAGAGAUUGACGAGCUUCGAGAAAUGGUGCAAUCGGAAAACAUCUACAUGCGGCUCGUGGACUCACUAGCACCCAUGGUGUUCGGACAUACCAUCGUCAAGAAGGGUCUUUUACUGCAGCUCAUGGGUGGUGUCAGCAAAGUCACGCCCGAGGGCAUGGCUCUUCGUGGUGACAUCAACGUCUGCAUCGUUGGCGAUCCAUCAACGAGCAAGUCACAGUUCCUGAAGUACAUCUGCUCGUUCCUACCGCGAGCAGUCUACACAUCCGGUAAAGCUUCAUCCGCAGGAGGUCUCACUGCGGCGGUAGUCAAGGACGAGGAGACUGGGGAGUUCACCAUCGAAGCUGGUGCGCUCAUGCUUGCGGACAACGGCAUUUGCGCUAUCGACGAAUUUGACAAGAUGGACAUUGCAGACCAAGUUGCCAUCCACGAAGCUAUGGAACAGCAAACCAUCUCUAUUGCGAAAGCCGGCAUUCAGGCUACGCUCAACGCACGAACGAGUAUUCUCGCAGCAGCCAACCCCGUCGGUGGACGCUAUAACCGCAAGACUACUCUCCGAGCCAAUAUCAACAUGAGCGCGCCCAUCAUGUCUCGUUUCGAUCUAUUCUUCGUUGUUCUCGACGAGUGCAACGAGCAAGUCGACGAGCAUCUUGCGAAGCACAUUGUCGGACUCCAUCAAAACAAAGACGAGGCAAUCCACCCAGAAUUCAGCACAGAACAACUGCAGCGCUAUAUCCGUUUCGCUCGAUUGUUCCAGCCUGUCUUUACGGAGACCGCCAAGUCAUAUCUCGUUCAAAAAUACAAGGAACUGAGAUCAGACGACGCGCAAGGAGGCGUCGGCCGCAACUCUUACCGUAUCACAGUCCGUCAACUCGAGUCUCUGAUCCGUCUCAGCGAAGCCAUCGCAAAAGCCAACUGCGUCGACGAAAUCACGCCAGACUUCGUCGACGAAGCCUUCAAGCUUCUUCAGCAGAGUAUCAUCUCGGUCGAGAAGGACGACGUCGAAUUUGAAGACGAAGACCUUCCCGCAGACGCCGAUGCCGGUGCUGCCGAUGAGGGCGAAGAUGCCAUGGACGCAGAACGAGCCGCCACACCAGCAACGCGCGCCUCUCAAACCCCAGCUCCCCAACGUGCAAAGACGCAAAUCAAAUUCGACGACUUCAUCAAGAUCCAAAACAAGCUCCUCAGUCGUGUCAAUCGCGAUGCGGCGGAACAAGAAGAUGGAGUGGAAGAAGAGGAGCUUUUGACUUGGUAUGUAGAAGAAAUUGAAGACCAGCUCGAGACUCCGGAGGAUUUGGAAGCUCAGAAGAGUUUGGCUAAGAAGGUUUUGAAACGCAUGGUGAAGAAUCAUGUGCUUUUGAAGAUUCAGGGUGAGGGACUGAGAGAUGAGGGGGAGGAGCAGGAUGGGGAGGAGAGGGAGGAGAAGGUUAUGUAUGUUGUGCAUCCGAAUUGCGCGGUGGAGGAUUUGUAG